GUACCUAAGAUCGACGUUGCUUAGACACGUCUAGAAUAUCAACUGGAGUAACAGGGGUCUUUGUCCCAGAUUCUUGGCCUGACAAUAUGAGAUUAAUACUAUGGAGCUAAGAAACACCUAGAUUACCUCCGUUAGGCAAUUCCUGCCUGACGGCUAGGCAUCAGACAGCAAAAUAUGAGGGCUAGAAUCUCCAGCCUGCCUAGAUAGAUACCUCAAGUGACCCGGGCUAUGCAUCACCCGCGCCCAGAUGCAACAUUUCGACAAGACUAUUAUUCUUACUCAUCUCCAGCCUUGCUAUCGUUACAUCGCACGUCAGAACCAUGUCCGGUAUCGUUUCCCUUCAAGCUGACAUUGGGAGCAUUCCUCCGGGAGCGGUGGAGCUCCUUAGGUCUAUCGCCCCUAUUAUGAGAUCCCUGACAGCCGACAAUGUGAGCCCCCUUGCGGUUAUCCAAAUAGAGGAUAUUGGCCGAUGCUUUCAUACGAGCGGGCUCCUAGCUAAUCGAACUCGGGAUGCCUUAACGAGGAGCGGCUCAGUGAGAUUUAGGAGGCUCCAGGUCUCGAUAGGAUGGAUGGCAGGGGAUACCGCUGCGGCUCUGUCCCAGACCACGGGCGGACAGGCUGCCGCACUCCUGACUCUUUGCCUUGUGGAGAUGUUUUGCCGAAACUCCACGGGUCAUCUGCUAUUCGAACUUUCCAUGAAAAUAUUACCUCCGGAUAAAUGUCGAGCAAGUAUGGCGCACCUUUCAGACCUUGCAGAAAUCAUCUCCAACAAGCUGCAGCCACUCGGCUUUGGACAACACCAUGCUGUUCAACUUACUCGAAUUAGAGAAGCGUAUCUUAAUUCCGGUAUUGAGAUACCGCCUUCUACUUCGGAAUCGUUGCUCGAAAGGCUAAGCAUCGAAUCCAUGGUGGAGCUAUUGGAUGCGGUACAACAAGCCCUGCGAGACGAGACCACCAUAGUGCAUAUUGAGGGAUUUCAGGGGCUUGGCGGCAUUAUUGCACUUCUCACGGCUCUAUGCCCUGAUGAUAUCCUCUUACUGGUGGAAAAUGGCAUCCUCUUCAAGGGCCCGAGACAGUCCAUCAUAAUUUCAGUUAUGCACCAGAAGAAGACGACAUUCUCUAUCGAAAAGCUCGCGCUGAGGCAGCUACCCCUUACUUUCCGCGACAGCGAGUUUCUAUCGCAACCAGGAAGGCUUUCUUCCUACGAGCACUGUACCGUGAGGGUCCAAGGCUGCCUAGCUAGGAUGGUGGAGCAACUUUUCACACCCAUAACCUUUCAGUCUGUGAGAGGGGUAGUCGCCAGUUUCACUGACCUCGUUGGAGCAAUGGUAUUGUCAUUCAUCGGGACUGACUUUGGUUCAAACGCCCACUUCUGCCGUGAUGGACUCCAUUCGCUUCUCGGACCUCAUUUUCAUGAAACUAUUCGUGGCAAGUUGAGCCUCUUCUUCGAAGUCGAACCAUCCCUUGACAACCUUGGUCCGGUCCUAAAAUACGAGGCGUUACGACAAUCCAUAGCUAGUGUCAUCCCGAGCUCCUCUUGCGUUUGUUCCCAGUGUAUCGAUACGCAUAACUGGGCUAAUAUGUCCUCCAAGAGGUGUCGCUGUCCGCUUUACAGUAUAUGGGGUGGCCUACAAACCCUAGUUGGCCAAGCUGUCCUCCUAAGCCUGGUACACACGGACCUCGACACGGUAAAAAUUGUUCAGAGUUCUCAAAACCAAAUGGGUCAGCAUCUAUGCCGUCGCCUCAUGCAUCAUGUUCUCCCCUCCGAUGACCCCCUACUCGACCAACAAGGAGGUAAAAGGGGCGAGGAAAUAUAUUCCACUCUGAACCUUCAUACCGACCUUUGUACAUUGUUUGGAUCUAUACCCUCAAAUGCUGGCGGCGGGCAAAAUAUCUUGGGGACAAGCAACGGUGCAACAUCAAUCUUCCCAUCGACUUUGCAUACGGGAUUUCCCAAUGAGGGACGUAUCAUUCGGUACAUUCUUAUGGAUGGUCAGUUUCAUGAUGGCCAUAAUUAUUACACAGCUCUUAUCGAGGAUGAACACGUUCUUCCACGCCCCUUGGCCGAAGACUCCAUCCUCCAAUCCACGAACACGAUCCCCCUAUCCCAGGCAGGAACUCAUUCACAAGCUACCUUAUCGCUACGACCAUACCAUAACUCAUUAGCAGUACGAUUCAUGGCACUUUUUACAUCCAAGGCGGUAAAUAUUUGUUUCUACGCUACACAUCUGGCUUACAUGGCUGCUUCAAUUGCCCCUCCUUGCCACCACAAUGCUGACACCUCAACCACUACUCACGACAAAGACUCCAUUUUGACAACAAGUGUCGAUGCUCCUGUCGCUAGCGGUGAUCGGAUGUCAAUGGUACUAACUCAUGGCAACUCUGAAGCACAGUUUCUAGCCGCAGUACUGGGCGUUCCUACGCUGUAUCAAGGCGCCAGUUGCUUGGAUUGCAUGAUAAAAUUCGCUCAGACUGAAGGAUUUCGAUUAUUGAUCCAAAGCUAGCCACGGUUUGGCGUAGUAUCUGGAGGCAGCCGGUACAAACUAUUGUCGGGAUCUACGUGGCACUUCACCUAAAUAUGUUCUAGAAAUUGGUUAUGAUUAAGCUGUGAGGCGUUAGGCGAUACAAAUAAGGCGCGAAAU